UUCCUGUAGAGUGCGAGGAAACGAUGCCGGCGCCCAGGGAUUCAAGAAGAGGACGAAGAGCAAGAGGCAGAGAAUCAUGGGGUGCCUCGAGAGCUUCGAAUGCGGCCAGAACGCGAAGACCGAGUCUGGAGACAGAGACGCAGACUGAGGCAGGAGGAGGGGGCGGAGUGUCGUAGAUUAACGAAUUGGCGGGUCUCGAGAGUGAAGAGAAGUGUAGAACUAUGGAGACAUUGUGCCUCCGUUGGAGAAUAAACGGCAGAUUGAUGAUGGGCGCAAAGCUUGUGUGCGGAGUUUCUCUUCUCCUGUGCCUGUUCGCGAGCGCUGCCGCACACCAGUGCUCGCAUGAAGAUCACCACCAUCAUCACCACGAUGAUCUUAAACUGGAAUCUCAACGGCAGACGAGCAAAUUGCAGAGCCACGACGCGGAUGAUGAUCACGUUCAUGGGCACCAUUCACCCGCUCAUUCUGUCGGCAGUAAAACAGGGCAUGCGAACGGCGACGUUGGAGCAUUUCGAUUGCCAGAAGAGAUACACGAAGAGAGGGAGCUAGAGGAAUAUGGUUUCGAUGGGCACCAUCAUGAUCAUGAACAUGCCCAUGACCAUGACCACGACCGUGAUUCUCUUUCUGUCGGAGGUCUAUGGCUGCAGGCUAUGGGUAGCUCUCUGCUGGUGAGCUCGGCUUCUCUCGUGUGUCUUACAAUACUGCCUUUAAUAGUGUCACAAGGGAAGCCUUCAAGAGGAGUAGUCGACGCUCUGGCCUCGUUUGGGGCAGGAACAAUGCUUGGAGAUGCCUUUUUACAUCAGCUGCCCCAUGCUUUUGGUGGAUCUGGACAUUCCCAUUCUGAGCAUUCACAUAAUCAUGAACAUGGACACCAGCAUGGCCACGAUGAGAUAAAGAGUUCAGGGCACUCACAUGGACAUUCGAUCGAAGACUUAUCUGUUGGACUUGCCGUCCUUGGUGGAAUACUGUUGUUUUUUCUGGUUGAAAAGAUUGUGAGACGAGCCGAAGAGCUAUCAGUUGGGAACACCUUUGGUCAUAGCCACAAUCAUCACAAACCUAGAAAGGAGGUUCCUGCUUCCCAGAAAGUGAAGGAGUCUCAAACUGAAACAAUCGAAGGCAACGGUAGUAACAGCAAAAAAGGCAUGAGAAAGAGAACUGGAAAGGUAGAAAACAACGGUGAACUUCCAGUCGAGAAAUCGAAAAUCACAGAUGUUCAAGUGUCAAAGAAGAGUACGAACAAGACAGAUGAUCUUGUGGAAGCCGAAUGCGUCAAUGAUGCUACCAAUUUGGUCUUUGGUUAUCUAAAUCUCUUUUCUGAUGCUGUGCACAACUUUACUGAUGGAAUGGCGUUGGGAUCAGCCUUUUUGCUACACGGGACAGUGGGUGGUUGGUCACGCACUCUCUUUCUUCUCGCCCAUGAGCUACCGCAAGAGGUUGGUGAUUUCGGGAUCCUUGUGAGAUCAGGAUUUGGGGUUUUUAAAGCCCUGGCCUUCAACUUUUUGUCAGCGUUGGUAGCCCUUGCCGGUACCGCAUUGGCUCUUAUGAUGGGAGGAAGCACUGGCAACUCUUCUAUCAUUGAGGGGUUUACAGCAGGGGGAUUUAUUUAUAUUGCGGUCGGCUCUGUGAUGCCGGAUAUGCACUCACAAGGGAGUUCUUUGAAGACCUCUUUAUCGCAGUUAUGUGCCUUGACUGUAGGUAUGGGGAUUGCCGUUGCUAUCUCUCUGGCUGAGUAGAUUGAAGUCCUUGGAGGACGGCAAGAGCCUUCAUUGUAUGUAUCUGCACAAGAUAACCGUCAUGUAUUUUGCAUGUCCAAAACUAGUUCAUGGGACAUGCAAAAUGCACAAGCAAGUAUCCUUACAUUUUCC